ACCGUCAUUUCAGCGAGUCGUUAUCGAUACGCUAAGUUUUGUUUAUUUCCGCACUAGCAUCGGAACAGGUACAAAUAGGUGAAUCCGUGUCGGUGUUUACAAUGCCGACUUUCGAAAUGUUCUUUUGGUUCAGUUCGAAUGAAACAUCAUUGGCGAUAAAUAACUCUGACAAGUGCAGCUGUGAAAUCAAAUUGUUGGGCAAGGGGUUAAGAUUUAGAAGCGCGAAGAACAAUGUUAUCACCGAUAACGAACAAAAAUCGCGAAACGUCCGACACGCCGUUGACGUACUCGAAGAAUUACCUGAAACCGCCCUCGCGGAAACUGUGGCAGAAGAAGAAUUUGAAAAACGAGAAGUUUCUCGAUCCCAGGAUCGCGGAGGAAGAGACCUGGGAUCGGAUCGAUUCCCCGCAGUUCGUUGACUUUUCUGAUCUGCCGUCGAGGGGUGACUCGUUUUUCAAUAAAACCAGGGUGAUCGUGAGCACUCCGAAGCCGAAUUCCAAAUACGAAGAUUCUGUGAACCCAUACGACGACAACACGAUGAUCGAAUCCCUGAAAAAUUUCUCGUUAUCCGGGAUAUAUAAUGUUUCACCUAGAAAAGAGAAUAUCGCUAAGACUGGAAGGGAAGAGACCGAGGAAGUGUCCGAGCUCAAUGACACCGUGAUCAAAGUGGUGACGACAAAACCGGAAGUACGUAACGAAGGAAAACAUCCGCGAGAGAAACGUGAGCAAGAGAAUAAGACAGAACGUCUCAAGAAGACGCAAACUUCUCGUAAAAUGAUUCAGCCUUGGAAGAAACAACCCUUCGUGCCGUGUCUGAGGAGGAAAGAUCCGAUAAAACCAAAAGAUCCGCCCCUCCAAACGAUGAUUCGAGCGGAACAGAGGAAACGGUUUGAUGCGACAUUGAAAGAACGCGAAAUGCAACGAGAAGAACGCAAACGAAUGCAGCAGAUGGCCGCUAAGAAGAUGGAGGAGGAGAAACAGAUCGCGUUAUUAAGGAAACAGAUCGUUCACAAGGCGCAACCGAUUCGUAAAUACAGAAUGGGUUUACCAGAAGUUACAAAACGACCAUUAACUAAUCCCGUGAGCCCGUUAACGCUGAAACGUCGUCGAAUGGGUACUGAAAAUGUAAUGUAAACAGUUAAUGUUAAUAAUCACAUUUAAUAUGUUGAUUACAAUCAUCAUAUUCUCGAUUUUUCGUUCCGAAGAUGGAUCGUUUUAUAUUGUGACGCAAAUAACAAUGUUCGUUUACGUUUUAACUUAUAUAUAGUAAUAAAAUAAAAAGAUUCGUAUAAAAUAUUUUACGCGACAAUUGAAUUGAGAUUCUCUCUUUGAAUAUAUGUAUAUAUAUAUUUACGUGUACGUUUCAACAUGUCCUCAUAUACAUAGGCACAUAAGUAGGUAAUAUAUUUUUGAUUGUACGAAAAUUUUGUUUAAUAAAGGCAACUUCGUAA